UCAGAUGAAAGAAUGUAUUUAAGUAUAAAAAAUGGAAUUGUAGGAUUUCUACGUGUUCUCACAAAUCCGAAACGAGCGUACUCUAUUCCUGCAUUACAGAGCUGUAGAAAUUCCAAGGGUAUCCUAGUGAAGACGAAUAAGCAGAACAAGUUGUUUGAAGAGUUCUACAAGAAGCAGAAGAUCUGCGAGGAUCAUGAGUUUAACACGUUCCUUGAUGUAUGCAGAUCUGGACUACCAGCUGCAUUCCGUGUUAUUUUGUCCAAACCUGAAGCUACGAGAAUUCUAACAAAACUAAGGUCUGGAUAUUUUACUGCAGCUGGAGUUGAACCUGUAACCUGGUAUCCAGAUAAUAAUACUUGGAAGUUUAAUAUCUCAAGGUAGGUCAGAGGUCGGAUUUAAUA